UGGAGCGCAGAGAGGAAAAGAGACGCAGACUGAGAGGAGCAGGCAAACAAAAAAAAGUGGAGACAGAUUUGUUUUACGCACGGGAAAAACAAGGAAACGAGUAGAAAGGGGAAAGGAAGAGAGAGGAAAAGAGGCAUUUGGAUUUUUUUCUUCUCUGAAUGUGGCUUUUUUCACUCUCAUGACUCAAAGAGGAUUCCGGUUAAAGUCACCCGCUCUGGAGGAAUUGAUGGUGUCUUUUCGGGGAAGCAGAGCCGAGGGGAGGAAUCUGAAUGCGCUCGGCUGAACCAUGCCAGCCCUGUGGAUCCUAACUUUGGCGAUCACUUUGAACCAAGUGUGGUGCAUUCGCUUCUCUCAGGAGCCAGCGGACCAGUCGGUGGUGCUGGGAGAACGGGUGGUGCUGUCCUGCGUGAUCUUCAACUACAGCGGCAUCGUACAGUGGACCAAGGACGGCCUGGCCCUUGGCAUCGGCGAGGGGCUCCGAGCAGCCUGGCCCAGGUACCGAGUGCUGCGGGCCCUGGACAUCGGCCAGUACAACCUGGAGAUCUCCCACUCUGAGCUGUCCGAUGACUCUCUGUACGAGUGUCAGGCCACGGAGGCCGCGCUGCGCUCCAGGAGGGCCAAACUCAACGUGCUCAUCCCCCCUGAGGACCCGGUGGUCGAUGGGGCCCCGGAGCUCUUGCUGAUGGCUGGAACUCCAUAUAACCUGACCUGUGUGACCCGCGGGGCCAAGCCUGCGGCGCAUAUUCAGUGGACCAAGGAUGGAGUCUUCAUAGAGGGAGCCUACCAGUCCACGGAGGUGCUACCAGACAGGAAGAGGGUUACGACCAGGAGCUACCUUCCCAUCACACCAGCUGACACUGACAGCGGCCGAAACUUCACCUGUGUGGCCAGCAACCCUGCAGUGCCGAUGGGGAAAAGAGCCACCGUUACCUUAAACGUCCACCACCCUCCCAUGGUGACCCUGUCCAUCGAGCCUCGGUCCGUCCUGGAGGGCGAGAGAGUCACCUUCACCUGCCAGGCGUCUGCUAAUCCUCCAAUCAUGGGCUACAGAUGGGCGAAAGGUGGCGUGCUGCUGGAGGGGGCCAGAGAGAGCGUGUUUGUCACCACGGCAGAUCACUCCUUCUUCACCGAGCCCGUCUCCUGUCAAGUCUUCAACGCCGUGGGAAGCACCAACGUCAGCAUCCUGGUGGACGUGCACUUUGGCCCGAUACUAGUGGUGGAGCCCCGGCCCGUCACUGUGGAUGUGGACUCUGACGUCACUCUGAACUGCAAGUGGUCCGGUAACCCACCGCUGACCCUCACCUGGACCAAGAAGGGCUCCAACAUGGUGCUCAGCAACAACAACCAGCUGUAUCUGAAGUCGGUGAGCCAGUCGGAUGCAGGCCAGUACGUCUGCAAGGCCAUCGUGCCCCGGAUCGGAGUGGGAGAGACCGAGGUUACACUCACUGUCAACGGUCCUCCCAUCAUCUCCAGCGAUCCAGUCCAGUACGCCGUCAGAGGAGAGAGAGGAGAGAUCAAGUGUUACAUCGCCAGCACCCCACCGCCUGAUAAGAUUGUUUGGGCAUGGAAGGAGAACGUUUGGGAGAAGGAGAAGGGCACCCUGAUGGAGAGGUACACUGUAGAGCAGAGUAAACCUCCGUCCCAGGGCGGGGCCGUCCUCUCCACCCUCACCAUCAACAACGUCAUGGAGUCGGACUUUCACUCGCCUUACAACUGCACCGCCUGGAACUCAUUUGGACCCGGCACAAUGAUCAUCACCCUGGAGGAGACAGAUAUUGUUCCGGUGGGAAUUAUCGCCGGUGGUACGGUGGGCUCCUCCAUUCUGCUGCUUAUGUUCCUGCUGGCGCUCGCCUUCUUCCUCUACCGCCAACGCAAAGGCAGCCGGCGUGGCGUCACCCUCGGUAAACCGGACAUCAAGGUAGAAACUGUCAACAAAGAGACCCACAGCCUGGAGGAGGAGGCGGCCGACGUUUCUACAGCAACCCGGAUGGUCAAGGCCAUGUACUCCUUUCUGCCCUCUGUUUCCCUCUCUCCCUCCACUCAGCCGUUCAAAGACGACAUGGACCUGAAGCAGGACAUCCGCAGCGAGGGCGACACCAGAGAGGAGUACGAGCUGAAGGAUCCAACCAAUGGCUACUACAACGUCCGAGCCACCACCCACGAUGAGGCGCGCCCCCAGUCCCGUGCCGUCCACUACCAAGGCGAGUUUCGUUCCCCCAACUCCAACAGCGGACCAGCCGGCGCCACAUCCAGCGGACCUCCAGCUGCAGCCAGCGGUGCCGUCCCUCCCAGCGCAGUUCCGGGCUCAAGAGCAGGGUGCUAUGACCCCCGCCCACCCUCCAGGAUGUCCCACGCCACCUACGCCCAUUUCAACACCUUCACUAGAGUGGCGCAGAGCCAGCAAGCCCCUCCAAACCCAGCUCUUCAAUCACCUGGAGAUUACCCGGGAGACUGCGGCCUGCUGGACAGCAACACCCAGCUGGCCUAUGACAACUACGGAUACCCCUCCCAGUACCCCAGCUACCGUAUGGGCUUUGCUCCACCUAUAGAGGAAGGGCCGGCCUAUGAGAUGUAUCCAACAGGUCAAGGGACCGGUCCAGGGCCAGGGCCGGGUCCAGGGCCUGGACAGCAGAGUCCUGAAGCAGGACUCGGGCAGUAUGGAACCGCCACUCGUUUCUCUUACUCGUCUCCACCCUCUGACUAUUCCCAAAGACACACGCAGAGGAUGCAGACUCAUGUUUGACUUGCUUUUUGCAACAGCCGUAAAAAACGUAAAGCAAACAUUAAAAUAUUUUGUUUUUCCAGUGCAUGGGAUUUGGCUCGUUUUCAGAGCCAAUUAAACACCUCAACACCGCACAGCAGUUAGCAGCAUCACAUGUAAAACAGCAGCAAUACAUGCAACACAUGCAACGUGACAUUCACACAGAUUUGCGCAGACCUUCUGUUGCGUGCAGAGUUCAUGCUGCAAGAAAAGCAACAGCAAGUCACAAUCAUGAUAGACUAAAGGAGAGGAAGAGCACUUUGAAGACAGGAAGAAGCAAAGCGCCAAGAGCUGAUGGAGGAGCGGAGGAACUAUUUUUCUUCCUGCAAUCCUCACAUUGCUCAUCGAUCAUCACAUUUUCCUCCCAAACCCAUACUGUAAAUAAGUGCAUAAGGAGAUUUUGGGCCAUUUUGAAGUUAUUUCCUUGUACAAACCUAAACAGUGGGAUGCAGUACAGUGACCUACGACAAAUCUCCAACUCAUUCUGACUCUAACAUCCUGCAAAAAACACACCGACACUUACAGACUUGUUUGUUUUUGCAGCAACAGGGCAGCUCGGACAUAUCUUAAAAAAAUAUCUGGCACUUUUGAAUCCUCACUUUGACCUGCCCGACGACUACAAGAUCUACCUUGAAUUUAAAGGGACAGAGUUUCUUAAAUGAGUGUAGUUAGUGACCAGAGUGCCAAUGCUUAUGUGCCAACUCACACAAACUAUAAAUGUGUGUUUUAUUUUGUAAAGUUGGACUAUGAGAUGCUCUGGAGCGUGAGAUUUUGUACAUCUGAGAGGGAAGAAAAGGAGCGGUAGCAAGCGACUUUAUGAGCUCAUUCUCCUCUUUAUCUCUCUUUUAUUUCAAAUCAUGAUGCAUUUCUAAACUUUACAUUUCACUCGAGGUCAUUGCUGUCUGGUAUUUGUGAAACGAGGUGUGAAGGGAGCGCUUUCUCAUUCAACGAAUUCUGCAAUUUGUACAAAAAGAUACCUCCCCUAUCCUCAAGUGUCAUUCGUUCUCUCACUUGCACAGUAGAGUAGAUUUUUUUCCAUAUUUAUACCGAAACAUAUAAAAAAAUGGCAUUCAGAAACAUUUUAUAAUAUUUUUAUAAGGAGUUGUGGACCAAAGGUUCAGCAUUUUGGGUGAAACUCAGUUUUUAACGUGUAUGUGGCGACGUGAUCGUUAUUGGAAACUUUUUGAGUUUCUUUAACAGCGAUGGGUGGUGUUUUUAACGUGGAUGCUGCGUAGACUCAAAUUAGAAAUUUUUUGAAGAGCUUCUUUCCAAAAUGAUAAAUAUCCAGCAGGUGGAUAUCUCAGCUUGGUGUGAAACUCUUUCUUUGACUUCUGGUCUUCUGACUGGACUGCCUUUUACAAACGUUGACGACAUUAAAAGUGAUGGAUGGAGAUGAAGCAGCGGCUCGAUCCGAGCCGUGCUGAGAACUCUGUGAGCACCGAGAAGGUUCAAGUGUUGUCUAACAUAUCAAAAAUGAAGGUACAAAUGAUUCAAUCUAGCUCAUAUGGUACUUUGUACAUUUAUACGUAAGUAUGCUGGUUUGUUCAGUGCAACAGAAAAUUUGGUGGCAUUUCUGUCUGAGAUUUUUUUCUCUGAAUUGUGUCCGCUUUGGUACGUGUGAUUUGACUUUAACCGCAUGGGUCUGACCUUUAAAAUGUUGCUUCUCUACUCUGAUCUCUACUGAUGCAGCUCAUGUACAAGUUCCAGUUUGAUGUAUCCAUCUACCAGUCAUUUACCGGGUUUAAGAUGUGCCACUUGACUGUGACCUUGGUUAGCAAUGAGCUCAUUGGUUGGUUAAAACUGAACAUACUGUUGAUGUCAAAACCCAAACACUUUCUAUGAAUUAACCACCACUGCAUCGUUGAAUUUUGGUUAAAAUAUAAAAAGAGUUAUCCAAUCAAUGUCAACCAACCUCAUAUUUUGCCUUAAGCCAACUCUAUCGGUCAGGGUACCGAGGUGUAACUGGUUUUGAAAGGGCAUUUGACCGGAAAUCAAGAAAAUCAUAGAUAGAUAGAUAGAUAGAUAGAUAGAUAGAUAGAAUAAAAAAUUAAGAAAUGUUAUCACAGUGAUAUGAAACAAAUGUAGUCUAAUAUUAUAGUCCUUCCAUUAAGUCAUACUUUUAAGAUGAUUAAAAUGUUUUUUGAUUUUUUUUAACUGUAAUGGUAAAACAAGGAAACAAAGUUUGAAAUAAUGCCCAAAAAGGAUGGUCACAUGACCCUGAAUUAAACAUAAACUUUCCAAAAUAAAAGCCUGACUAACAAAUGUACAGAAACAAAUGUCUAUCUAUCUAUCUAUCUAUCUAUCUAUCUAUCUAUCUAUCUAUCUAUCGCUAUUCUUUGCUUUGGCUUUUAUUUUGAAAAGUUUACGUUUAUUUCCAGGUCAUAUAACCAUCAUUUUCUGCCUACUUAAUGCCUAAACAUCAAAGGGAAAAGUCAUGAAACAAAAUUCAACUAUUUUUCAGAGUUUGUUUCCUUGUUAUACCGUUUCAUUUAAAAAAAAUUAAAAAUGGCGCUGUUUAUUCAUUUUCUGGCCAAAAACCAAAGACAAGUGAAGCUGGUUGUUUUCUUGAUUUCCAUACAGUCAAAUGCCCUUACAAAAUAAAUGAUAUUUUGGUACCCUGACUUAUAGAGGUGGCAUAUGGCAAAAUAUGAAGUUGGCUGAUAUUAGAGACGAGCUUGAUCUCAACCACCGACCAAACGCUUAUGCAAGCAGACCUUUGGUUUAACUACAUCAACCUCCAACACUGGGCAGAUUUGGCUUGUUAAAUACCCUCUGAAAGUCAACCUUCUCCUUUACCACUAGAGUUGAUGGAUAUUGUAUUUCAGCCUGACUUUGAAAUUGGAUGUCAGAACCAAACUUCAGGUUGAAAUCAACCUUGGACAGAGGCUGAACCCCCAGUUUGGCUUGGCAUCAGUCUACUUUGCUACAGUCAUUUAUAAAAGUUUGGUUAAAUUUGAAUUAGAGACCCAUAAAAAGUAAAACUGAGCAGACCUUUUUUCCUAAAGUCAAUUUGGUUUGAUUCAUGUUUUUAAAUGAAAAUCAAGUAAGUGAAAAUACUCAAAAUGUCUUGACAUCCAGCAGCAAUUUCAUGAUGUCUGUCAGUCCUCUGCAAUUGGUGGAUCUCAGCCAUCAUUUGUCAGACUUUGAGUCACGGUAGGAAGUAAAAGUCAGGUUGAUUUCAAAACUUAACACUUGGUUCACAUGAUAAAACUGUUUUGGAGAUAAAACUUUGUGAACUUCGUUCAAAUAUCCAACAAAAACCUACAUUUGAUUGAUGUCAACCUUCAAUAAUGCUGUGAUCUGCAGGGCCUGAUUUAGACAUCCUGAAAGCAUUCAAAGUACCAAGUUUUAAGAAUUUUAAUCCCUAACCAUACAAAAAAUUGACUAACUACACUACAAAUGCAAUCAAUGACUAUACAUCAGUUUAAAUGCAGAUUUUGACAGUGGUAGAUGACAAAAUUUGGCCUUGCUGGAAGUUUCUUGAUGCUCAUCUUUUAAAGAAAUAAUUCCUGUAUCACCAGUGUCAUAAUGUUGCAGCAUGAUGUGAACACAUCACUGACAUUUAUCUUUCAUACCUGAGUGUCUUUUGCUCAAUGAUGUUUUGUAAAAAUGCCAUGAAAUUCCCAGCGUUUGUAGAACUGAGUCAUGUCUGCACUCAGAGCAGUGAAGAGAGACUGUUUAGUCUUUGGAUUACUAUCACACAUACAAGAUUUAGCAUUACCAACUUAAAAUUAUAACGUUCUGUCAAACAUACAGCUGUUUGCCUGUUUUCAUUUUAAGGCACAUUAAAUAAUUCAUUCUUUAAACCUGUUUCAACAGCCACCAGAAAUUGCUUCAACAUUUUAUUCCAACAGCAUACUUGAGGGCAAGUAUGCUUUAUCGAACUGUCAAAGCAAAGCGUGACUUAAUGCAACACAGAGUCUCUUUCCAUCAUACGUUUUAAAGCCGUUAUAAUUAUAUCAAAUGGCACGGUGCUUCAUAAAAGACCAGAGGCUGCAAAGUGAAGCUAGAAAUCUCAGCACCAUUGAGUCUUAUAUUUAUCAGCCAUCCUAUCAACCCCUCACAGAUACAGUAUAUUAUGGUAAUUUUCUGCUAUGGGGCAGUAAAAGGGGGUAUUUAUUGCCCCUAUUUUGAAUAAACACUCUGAGAAAGGAAACCAGAGCCACGCCAAUCCUGAUUAGAAUAUGAGAUGAAACCUUGUAGCUCCAAGGUCACUAUAUAAAGCUUUUCAGUAGUUAUGGAGAGAAGAACGGCAGAUGGAGUGCCCUUUUAAAUUUAUAUGGUUAUCACAGCUCUGGUACUGCAUACUAUUACUUCUUUACAACCUUUUUACAGAGUUGUAGCCGUGCAGUAUUUUGCAUCUGACUUGAAAUGUCAUCUUGACCUUGUGUAGAGUGUGAAAAUUUUGACACCCAUGGGGUACCGAGGCCAACAAAAACACAGCCAGGCCAUCCAGGUAUUUUGUCAUUAUCGCUCCAGUAUUUCUAAUACGCUCACAGUGCGGAUGGAGAAAUAUAUAAAAAAUUCAGUGAAAGCUUAUAAUGCAAAGCAGAUGUCGAAAUUUUAGUUAAUGAAUGAGAAAAUAUGCAGUUCUGAAGGGAAGUGGAAAUUGAUUUUACUGUGCACUGCCAGAGGAGGAGCACAUGGUGUGCCAAAGUAGCGCUACAACAAAGUGGCUUUAUAAUAAAGGUGAAUAUUUUUUGUGUGAAUUUUAUCAGUACAGAGCUGCUUAAUAAGAUUGAAAACCUUCUCUGGUGAUGAUCCACUUAUAUUUAACUAAUGCACGGCACAGACAUUUCAUUCAGACCAUUACAGACUUAUUUAAAAGGUAGAAAGGGGGUACGAAAGUCACCUUUAAAGGGGCCAUGCUGACCACCACCUCCUACUUUUUACUGAACAGAACCUCAGAUAACCUUUAGGGAUGUAACGGUAUCAUCGCCGUACGAUUAUACUUUGGUACCAAGUCCACGAUACAGUAUUUAUUGCAGUAUCAAAAACACCCCAAAAGAACAAAUGAAGACCUGGAAAGAAAGUGACGUUGGAUUUAUUAAACAACAGUUGCUCUUUAAAUAUACAGUAUGUGCAAAAAAGUGCCAUAGUGUACAUUAGGCUUAAAAUAUAAACUUGUACUUUGGCUUCAGUGUUGACUAACUUUCUAAAACCUUCGUUGUCUACCACUGAAAACAGCUGUAGGUCUUUGGUGAUAUAUUCACAGAUAAACCGAUCUUUUGAGUCCUCUCACUGUUGUGAUGAGGUAGGACUGUGAAAACCUGAUGAUGGGUAUGCAAGGACUAGUGGUAACUGUAGUUCCCACUUCCUCUCAUGUUGCUUAACUAAAAAAGACUACAGUUGUUUCCCUUAAGACGACGACAUUGAGACACUUCUUUCACCGUAAUAUUAACAAUAUCGUUACAUCUCUAACAACCAUAAAAAUACCAUACAUUUACUUUAAUAGCUACCUAUGAGGUUGAACUUGUCUUUCAGUGAGUUUACACACAAUUAGAAAAAUAUGGUGUUAGUCAAAGUAAAAUAGGACUUCUUGAAUGCAUAUACUUGUAAGUACAAAUUAAAUCAUACUAUAUCGAAUCUCUUAAAAGCUAGACUAAAGCCCAGUUCAGACCAAAGAUUUACGAUACAACAAGACCACACAGUAACCUCCAAUUUCCACAUACUCUGUCGGUGUUGCAAUCAGUAUGCGAAGUACACUGCAGAGCAAAUCGCUCCCAUUCCAGUCAGUCUUUGCAGUUGCACUGCCUGUGUUGCGGUCUGUCUUGUUAGGACCCAGGAACCACUCCGCUCUGCUUUGCUGGAGAUAUUUGCAAGGUCUAUUUACAGCUCUGGCUGUAGCCAAACCACAUCAAUUCAUGUAGAGCAGGUCCAUUCAGAAAGGGCAAAGUAUUCGGUCAGCACCAAAAUACAUCACAGUGCAAGUGCUCCCGAUAGUAAAUCACUAUGUCAACAGUACGUCAUGCUGUUGCACAGGCAACAGGUCAUCGGGAGGUCAGUGGGUUUCAGAGUUACUAUGCACCACUGACAGUAGAUGCAUUUCCAUUACUCUUAGAAAUGCACAAAAUCUAAAUAGUGCAAUUAAAAAAAUGGUUAUGGAAACACCUGAAUUUCGAAAAACCUCUCAAAUAUACAAAAAAGUUUUUACGCUCUCAUGAGGAGGUUUUUGGACAUAGAAGUAUAUUGCUAAAGUGUAAUGGAAACACUUUUUCCGCAUUUACAAGUCACAAGACGUGACGUAUGGUGUCACAUGACCAGUCAUUCCGAGACAUCAUGGCAUGGUAUGUGUGGAGAAGUGGAGACGAGACUUUUCUUAACAUUAUACUCAUACACGUUUACAGGGCUUUUACCAUACAUACAGACUUUGCUUCCGAACCAUCAUCUGUUGUCUUUUGUUCAGAAUUAUCAAGGCAACUGCUGUUGAUGUAAUCACUGUACCAACAUGCAACAGGUUUCGAGUGUCCAGCAUCCUUGCAGCGGAGUCAUGCAAGAUGAGAUUUCAGCAUAAAAAAUAUCCCCUUCAUUAUGUGAAAAACUGUAAUGGAAACCCAGCUAAUGAAAAGUUGUGGAAAACCAAAUUUUAGAUGAACCCACACAUCCUUUGUAGAAAAUAUGAACCUUUUAACUUCAUAAUGUACUCACCCAUGGUAGAAGCAAAAAAUAAUGAACUAAUGUCUGAAAGAAUGGAAAAUCAACCCCAGGAAGGCAAAAUAAUCUGUUGUCUACAUACUGUUUCUGAUGAAAUCGUAGUUCUCCCACGAUCUUGUGAUCUCAAGUCACGAGCUACUCAGCGCUCCAGCCAUGCUUCCAACGUGAGUGGUAGCUCGCUUUUUUUUUUAAGCAGAGCGCUGCACUCCUGAAUAGUGAACAGAACAUGAGAAAUUGGAGGAUGGUUAAGAAAUGCAUCACUGUAACUGAGUGACUGAGAUUCAAUGCAUGGAAACAACACUGUCUCUACCAGUUGCAGUGGUGUAAAGUGGAAACCUUUCAGAGUGGUGCAUAGCAGCUUGUCACAAGAAGUUGCAAGUUUAUAUUAUCAUGUAAUGAAUCUUUAGUCUGAAACGGGCUUAACACUCCUGGAUAAUGUUGUUGGAGAUCAAUUUACUCUUGCAUAUAAACACCACAAUCGGACCAGACUGGUCUGGGCUGUGCAGGCUCCAAAGUUCCCACUCCGGGCUAAAUGCUAACUGUAAUAUGAGUCACAUCGUCAGCUGCAUAAAAAUAUCACUGCAAGCCAAAAGGAUAGGGUGCAUUGCAUUUGUGCCAGAAGUAAAAUGCAGAGCUGUUACUUUGUCAACUGUUUGAUAACCAACCAGUUUACUGCUUGCGAACUUCUUAGCAGCACCGGGCUGGGGUGAAAAUUUGGCCCUGCCUUGAUUUUUUGGUGCAAACCGGCCUUUUACCCCUGCUCGGACAUGACUUAACCACGCUGUUCCUUCAUCUCCUUUAAUAGAUCAACCAAAUCAUUCCCCCAAUCUAUUACAAAGCUGAUAAGUAAAUGCCACAAGCAAGUAAUAUGAUGUGCAUCCACCAUGUCAUUGACUCAAAUUUUUAGAGGGAAACAUGGCAGAAGAGCAUAAAAUAAAGAUAAAAUCAGCCCCAAAGUGUGCCGGCCCACUGGGUAAAUAGUCCGUAUGCUGGAUUACCUGUCCACCCCUGCUUGUUAGCAAGGUCAACAGGAAUUUGUAGCUGUAGCUCACUAAAAGGAUGCAUAUCAUCUCCCAUGACAUCAUCUCCCAUUGUGGAGGAGUAGACUCUCUGUGCAACACAUCAGUUCUCCUUUUGUGCAUGUAUACUAGGACAAGGACAGCAGUCCACUCUAAUGGACUUAUAAUCAAAUAGCUCAAAUCCAAACAAUGUUUGAUACAAAAAAAAGCAUCACAAUAAAAAAAUCUUUUCUUUCAUGGCUUUUAAAAAAAAUGUUCUUGAAGGUGAAAACAUGAAGGUAUAACAGUGUAGCUUGAAUAUCUGAGUGUUUGUUGAGGGGUUUUGGGGUCUGUUUUCCCAGAAUAUGAGCUCAUAUCAUCCUCGCUGUUCUUUUAUUCCUCCUUUCUUCUAUGAAAAUCUUAUUUUGAUGUAACAUCUGUGGUGUUUCCACACCAAUGAAAGAAAUGUCUUCAUUUUAAAGUGUCUCUUUAUAUUUUAUAUUAUGUAUUCUACUUUAUUUUGAAUGCAUCCUGUAUGGGGACUUUGAUUAAUCUACCCAGCUUUAGAAAAGGUGGAUGUGUAUUUCUGCGGCCAAACCGACUCCUCAGCCAGGCCACAAAUAGUCCUUACUCAGUCUCAUCUAGGCCAAACCAGGCUAGAACCAGGCCAGACCUGCAGCAGACUGCUCUGUUCCAUGCUGUGCCGUCCCUGGCCAACACUUAACUGGAGUGGCUCUGCGUCCGUUUUUACCUUUUGGAGUCUUCAGUGAGUGCCAAAAGACUGUGCAAAAAAAAAAAAAAAGAACUGAGCAGACAAUUAAAUGCAGCAGCCAUUAGUGUUUAUGGUGUUUCUGUGUCUGUAUGCUUGUGGGUGACACUGCGUGGGUCUGUGGGUGGGUGUGCUAUCUGCUUUUGUCUCACACCUGUGCUGUAUGCAUCCAUCUGUGAACAUGCAUGUGGGUUUUUACACGUGUGUUUGCAGCCUGUAACACCAGUUUUAUUCAUGCCAUUGGGAGCGUGGAGGGAGUGCUGACUGUGGAGAUCAGGGUUUGACUGAUUGGUUUUAGAGAAGUCUGAAGUUUUGAUUCAUCUGCUGGUAUGAUGGAGUUUCCUCUUGACCACGGAUAUACAAAUUAACUAAAAAACUGCAAUAAUAGAGAUUUCUUUAACAUGUUAUAUUAUAUUUUACAGUAUAAUGGGGAGACAGUGUUAUAUUUUUGUCACAUUAACAUCCUAAAAUCAUAGUUUCUGAUCUUUAUUACUAAAAACAUGGUUUCAUAGUAGACAGUUAGCUUAUUUCCAAUGAAAUGCCCUCUUUGCAGUGUUUGUUUGCCACCUUUUAGAUCCACUUAUAAGCCAUAAUGUCAUAAACAUUUGAGGCAGACUCACUAUGAGUUACCUGAGUGUGUAGCGAUGAUACAUGGUCAUGUACAAGACACUAUUUUUGGAUUUUAUCCACUUCCUUUAAGAAAAAGCAUGGUUUAUUUGCUGUCUUGGCAAACAGCACUACGUUACCCACAAUCCUAGAGUGGCACAGUGACAUUUCCAAUUGUUUUAGCCUGCCUUUACCCUCAAAUCUGUAGCGUUCUGACAUUAGAAGUGAAUUUAAUAGUCAUUUUUUAAACAAAAGAUAUGUUCAAGUAAAACAUGGUUAUUUUCGAUCAAGGGAAACAGCAUUACAUUACCCACAAUCCUAGAGUGUCAUAGUGACAUCUGUGGUUGGUUUAGCCCACCUUUACCCAUGAAACUUUGUUUUUUUUUACUGUGACUAGUUAAACUCUAAAAUAUUUGUUUGUUUAUUGUCAAGCUCUGUAAAGUUGUCGUGAAGAAGACACUAACAGGAGUUGAUUUAUGUUUACUUUUAGGAAUAAGAAUAAUAAAUUCUAAGACAGUGAGUGCUUUCAGAAGAAACCCAUCAGUCAAACCCUAAUCUAAAGCAGGACAGCUGGUGAUACAGAGUGAAGGAGACAUUAUAUGGCCUUAGGGCACAAGGAAGGAGGCGAGGCAGUCCUCCAGUCUCUCCUCCAGCUGCUGAGCGUGUCUGCUCGCUGAAACAGCUGCACCAGUGAACAGGAUUAAUUGAUGCUCAGCACGGUGUCGUUGAGCAUAUGUAGUCGAUGAUAAAUGCAGUGAGAGGAAGACCGUACAGCUCUUAAAAACGUCUAGAAUGGAGGCGUGCAUGCAGGUGAGAGAGGGACGGUGUGGGUGUUCAGAUAUUCUCCAUACUCCAACACUUUAUUUCCAACCAUAGUGUGUGUUUUGUUCAUAUUGGGGUUGUGUAUUUUUAUUUUAUCUGCUUUAUUCAAGAAAAAAAAACUGUACAAAACAUACGAGAUAUUAUCAAAGUGUUCCUUUAUUUUCAUGUUACUCUGUUUGGAUUCUGUUUUUCUUUUAAAAAUGUAUGUAAUUAUUUUUCCACAGUAUUACAAAAAAUAAAAGAAGA